UACACGCCAAAGUCCAUUUUUGCGUAUCAAUACCACGAGUUUUCAUUUUUAUUUGGCAUAGUAUUUAUACGCACUUUCAUGAGAUCGGGUUGUGUAAGUCAUACUUAAAAUGUCUGAAUAUCAAGGAUCAAAUCAAAUGAUGCCAGAUAUUUUCUUAUUUCACUAUUCAAAGCCAUUUUUUUUGCGAUGUCUAUUAAUAAGCAUUUCAGUCAAUGAAGUCAGUUCUCAGGUUCACACAGGGGAACAGGAGGAAAAGUGUAUUAUUGAGGAGAUUCCAGAGGACACGCUUGUCUCAGGCGUCUUUCUGCUAGAGCUCUGGGAUGAAAAUAAGAAGGCCAGUAUCCCACACCUUGGUUUGACUGUGACUGUGAGAGACCCUAACCAUGCGGUGGUCUUGUUAAAACGCUUUGGGAGAUAUGGAAAAUUCACCUUUACAUCCCAUGCUUCGGGUCAACAUUUCUUGUGCAUGCAGUCCAACUCCACCAGGUUCUCUGUGUUCGCUGGAGAUCGUCUGAAAGUGCAUUUAGAUGUCCAGAUGGGCGAGCAUACCAUUGAUCCUAAUGCUGCAAAGGCAAAAGACACCAUGAAAGCAAUGGAGUACAACUUGCAGCAUCUCAUUGACCAGAUGCAUUACAUUAGCAGGCAGCAAAAUUUCCAAAGGGAACGUGAGGAGAAGUUUCGCCAAAUGAGUGAGGAAACAAAUGGAAACGUUUUGUGGUGGGCCAUUAUUCAGACAUCUAUACUCCUCUCUGUUGGAAUCUGGCAAAUGAAAAACCUCAAAAACUUUCUCAUUGAAAAGAAGUUGGUUUAG